AUGACACGCAAUGCAGACGAACAAGAGACAGAGCCAAAGAUGAAUGGGACGGGGAUCGAGAAGAGUGUUGCAGCUCUGUCAUUAGUAGAAGACGCGAAUGGCGCGAAGCCCGUCGACCGACUUGUUGUUGGCGUGGACUUUGGCACGACAUACUCUGGCGUCGCUGCUUGCUAUUCAGCGACUCCGGAAGACGUUGAUAUCAUCAAGACUUGGCCCGGCGGUAAUGGAAUAACUUCGGACAAAGUGCCUACAGAGAUCGCCUACGAUGCCGUGGUGCAGUCGAAGCUGCACGAUUCGAGCGAAACAUCCAACUCCACUCCUGCGAUACGAUGGGGCUUUCAAUUCAAACCCGAAGAGCCCCGACUACGCUGUGUCAAACUCUUCCUCGACCGAAAUCAACAGCUUCCUCACUUCGUCAGUCCAUUAGAGACAGCUAGCCAGCUUCGGAAAUGCGGAAAGACAGUGAUAGAUGCGGUCACAGACUACCUCACGAAGAUUUACGAGCACACCAUAGAGACAUUGACAAGGCGCUAUGGCCAAGGUUUCAUAGCCUCUACUCCAAUUGAAUUCAUCCUUACGGUACCAGCCGUAUGGUCGGAUGCGGCCAAGAAUGCGACGCUACAGGCCGCAGAAAGAGCAGGCAUGGGUAAUAGGCAUGACUUGAAGCUCAUAAGUGAGCCCGAGGCUGCAGCCGUGUAUACGCUGAAGAUGAUACAGCCAAGCGGGCUUGCCGUAGGCGACAACUUUGUCGUAUGCGAUGCUGGUGGCGGCACAGUCGACUUGAUUGCAUACAGGGUGGUUCACACAGAUCCUUUGAGGAUUGAAGAAAGCGCUGUGGGUACUGGUAGUAUCUGCGGCUCUGCGCUGUUGAACUACCGCUUCAGCGACUUCGUUGCGAGCAGAAUAGGCCAACAACAGUUCAAGAGUAUGCGACCAAAGACGUGGAACAUGGGUCUGAAAUACUUUGAAGAGUUUGUAAAGCGCAACUUCAACGAGGAGGAGCAUUCCGAGGUCAAUGUUCCUUUACCGGGCUUAGCUGACGACGAAGAAGCUGGACUGGACAGUGGAUUCCUGACAAUGAGCUCCGAGGAAGUCAAAAACAUCUUUGAGCCGAUCAUCCGCGAGGUCACUGCGCUUGUUGAAGGGCAAGUCGAAGCCAUUCGUGAGAAAGGUGGGAUUGUCUCUGGGAUCAUCUUAGUGGGUGGCUUCGGACAAUCGAACUACCUCUACACGAGGCUAAAGCAGCACUUCAACGCUGCGCCACCUCCUGUGUACUCCGAGAAGCCCACGCAUGAAGCAGCAGAAUCUCCUCAACAGAGCGUGCAAGUCUUGCAGCCAAUACAUGCCUGGACCGCCGUGGUUCGAGGCGCAGUGAUCCGCGGCAUCGAAGGUAGUGUCGUGGAGAAACGAAGGAGUCGAUGGCAUUAUGGUACCUCAUAUGCCACGGUUUGGGAUGAACGGAAGCACCCGAUUGAAGAUCGAUACUGGAGCCCUCUGUGGGAGAGAUGGAUGGUCGCGGACCGCAUGCAAUGGCACAUCUCAAAGGUAAGGAACUCGUCCCUCUCCCAUUGUAGACAUCGCUCAUUUAUACGCAAAGGGCACGCCCAUCUCCGCCGAUCAGCCUAUCUCAUUCCAUUACACCCGCAACUUCCGGCCUGGACAGACCCUCGUCGUAGAGGACGAUCUGAUCGGCUGUGAGACAGAAGAAGCACCUGAUGCAAUGGACAUGAGUCUGGUCAAGGUGUGCACGCUGACUACCGAUCUCAACGCCGUGCCCAAAGGGCUAUUCACAAGAUUGACAACGACUAAAGGCAUCGAAUUUGAUAAUCUGGACUUCGAACUGGUGAUGAAAAUUGAGAGCGCCAAUUUGACCUUUGAGCUCCGCGUGGACAACCAGCCGUACGGCAUGGUAAAGGCUGACUUCAAUUGA